AUGGACAGGGCGCAGGAGCUGGAGUGGCAGGAGGCACAGAGGAUAGCCAUAAGUGUGGACCUGGUCGCCACAGCUAAGCUCCAGGUCAAGUUCCUAGAAGCUGUGGACAAGAGGCGGUCCCUAUAUGAUGGCCCUGUGCUAAACAGCGCGAUCUACAGGUAACCAGUUCGCAGAAUUUAGAUUAGCCAUUAUUCAAGUAUUCGUAUUAGCCUCCCUAAUUUAUUCUGCGAGUGCGGACUCUGGCUACCUAGCCACAUAUAGCUAGCUACGUAAAGAUUGCUCGGGGGGGAUGUUGCCAAUAAUUCUUGCUCCUUAUUGCUGGUUACUGCGUACAGUGCUGUAGAGAGAGUCUCCAAUGAGCAUAAGCUUUCCCAUGCGAAGGGUGAUUGGGUUGCUCUGCUGUCUAGACUAGUAAUCCUAUACAUGUGUACUUGUUGCCAAUUGCCAACGGACUGCAUGGAGACUAACUAGCACAAAUGUCAACGCUUGGUCAAUGAGGAUCAUGAAAGUAGCUCUAAGAUUUGUGCCCAACAUCUCGAAUUUUCCAUACAGAAUUUCCCUCAAUCUACUGAUGUAUGGAUGCUAAAACCAUUAGGUACAAAAACUGCUGGCUUCCCCUGCUUGCAAAACAAGAUGAAUCAGAGACAGAGGUUCCUCUGGUUGUACCUCUUGACUGUGAGUGGAUAUGGCAUUGCCAUCGCCUCAACCCGGUAGGUUAUUUUUUAAGAACUUUUCGUACACCUCAACUGUGUUCGUCACUCAGAUUUACGACUUGUUUCCGUCUUCUUGUAUUACCGCGUCUUUCUUGCGUGAAGGUCCAAUACAAGAAGGAUUGUGAGAGAGUUUUUGGAAGGAUCCUGAGCAAUAGACACGUGAAGUCUUCUGUUGAAGGACCUUGCCCUCGGGAAGCGGCUGAAAUAUGGCGGAAGUCAUAUCCUGAUGAGCCUUUUGAGAUUGAUUAUAUUACUCCAUUAUCCUGCGGCGAUGAGGAGGAAUCUUCAUCAGAGGUGGAAACCAUUAAGUAUGACUUGAUCUCUGCUGUUAAGAGACAGAGUUCCUUCUACCAUCAGGUAGCCCAAACAAUUGUCACCCCCUUUCUAUCUGUAUCAAUGAUUGAAUCUCUUAAUUGCAAUCUUGGACGAGAAAACAGAUGCAUGUGUUUCUAAGCAAUCAAAUAAAAGAUGUUAUCAAUCUCCUUCUACCUGAUGUGGAUUUAGCUCUGUAAAAUGCCUCAAUCUUGACACAUACUCUUCCAUCUGUCUCUGCUUUCAUCCUUGUUUCCAGGACAGAAGAUUCGACUAUAUUGAGCUGAUAUAUUAUGAUACAUUCGCAGGAAAUUUUGACAUACUUUUCAGUUCCAUCUGAAUAUAUGGAGUGUUCCUCCUCAUAGAAAUUAUAAUACUCAACCUUUUGUACCUGCGUUCUUUUAUGUUCACUGUUUCUGCUAACUUUGAUGCUUUCAGUCGAUUAGCAAGAGAAUCACGAGAGAUGAUCCAAUUAUAUUUUUUUUCGCUGGACAGGUAUCAAGGCCAAGUAUGCACGACGACCACUUCUUGAAGUAUGCGUCUGCCAGAUAUAAGGGGUUCCUGCAUCUAAUGAGGAGAAGCCAAGAAAGAUCGGUGAAACUGUUUCACGUUCCCACGUACGAUAUUGACCUUAUCUGGCAUGCUCAUCAAUUGCAUCCUGAAUCUUAUUGCAAAGACCUCGUACAAGUUCUUGGAAGGGUGCUAGAGCAUGAUGACACAGAUUCAGACAGAUCCAAAGGGAAGAAACUUGAUGUUGGCUUUACUGAAACAACAAGGCGGUGGGAGGAGGCCUUCGGCUUAAGGUACUGGAGGGCGGGGGCGAUGAACAGAGGCAAUAUGCCGUCCCCAGUUACUGUCACACCACCGAAGUACAUGUCUGAAAGCACCCUACCACAAGUCGAAUAUCAGAGGUACCUUCAGCUUCCAAAGGUCAAGGUUAUGGAGGUAAGUUUGGGGAUGCCUUUCUGGAAUUUCUCUUGUUAUUUCGAUCUCCGAUGUCAAAGCUUCUUCUCUGACAGAAGCUAGGAGACUUACUUUCCUUAGAGUAAGCACCAGAAACCACUGAAAUAUCAAAGUCAUUGGUUUUAGACGAUAUUUUAUAAGCGCACAUUCAUCCAUUUUCCUUUGAACUGCAUGGCGACCUCAUCUUCAUUCUUUAUGAAGCUUAUAUCUAUGAUUGUGGCACUUAAUGAUUCAUAAAAGACUUGUUAUCUGGGGGGAAGUUAAAAUUCGUGUUGAGUUUCUGUUGUAUUCAUUCGUGAGUUUGUAUUUCUGUGCCAAAACGCUCCAAUUCUCAGGCUACUCUACCCUCUUUUUUUCCGGAGAAUUUGUGGUUAUUAAUGUUUCCAUGGAUGUGUAAAUGAAAAUUCAUGCAAGAUUUCUGUUAGAUCCUAGGGAAUGAAACUUUUUGCGAUUCGAAGUCUCCUUUUAUGUGAUAUUUCUGCAUGCUUUUUAAAUUUGUUAAAAUGACUUGAUCACCAAAAGAGAAAUGGCCACAUGUUACCAAAAUUAUCCAUGUAAAAAUCGCAUUUUUUUUUGGCUCACUAGUUCAUUUUCUCGGCAGGUCCUUUUGGAAGUUGUGGGGAUAAAAAAUUUACCAGAUAGUCAGAAAGCCAACUUAUCCGUUUCUAUCAGAAAGAAACAAUCAGAUACAUUUUUCGAUGACAGUUGCAGACUUACCAUUUUUUCUGAAUGCGGCGUGAAAAAGGUAGCUUCUUUUCAGUGUGAACCCUGCGGAGAUCUAAUUUUGACGGUCAUGUCCAAUCCGAGCUCAAAAUUGUCUAUUACAAGACGAAGAACCAUAGGGAAGACUGUGCUCUCCCUUUCAGAUUUGGUUGACCUGGAUUCAAACCUCUCAAUAGACAAAUGGUUUGAGUUGAAAACCAGAUCAGGAAACGCAGACUCCAAGCCAAUAUAUCUACGCAUUGCUGCUUCUUUCACUGUUCCAGUUCCUGCACCCCACUUGCUUUACAUGGCUGGAUUGCAUACGUUCUCUGUGGGAUACUGCUUCACGCUUCACAUAAAUCUUCAAUUGACUAGACGUUGGGCUUGUUUCCAUGAUGAAAAUGGCAAUGAAAUCAUCAGCGUUCAAAUGAGGUACACAUAUAUUAUAAUAGUUUCCAUCGAAAAAAUGAUGCCUUUUCAACAUGAGAACUGUUUUAUGGUGCAUGAUAAAUUUUGACAUUUGAAUCUUCGUCAUAUCUUCUUCUUGGAAGAAGCUGUAUGAAGGUCAGGAAAACCAAUACAUCAUUAGGUGUUGGAAUUCGGUACAUGCUGUUUUACGUUAUAGUCUCUUUUUUUGAAAAAACUUUCUGCAGACUAACUGAAGAUCAAUAAUUUGAUCUUUCCUACUUGGAGGCUUUGUGAAAAGAAUGGAUAGGGAACUGGAUAUGUGACUCCUAGGAAAUUCAAUAGAAAUGACAUUUUUAACAUGGAACUCUUUUUUUUACCGUCAAAUCUACGAAGUAGUCUUGUAGGUGAAAACGAAUUGCGAUAUUAUCCCAUUCGGAAGGUAGUAUGUGAACGAGAUAAAUAAAUGGAUACGCUUUUUUUCCACAAUUAUUCAUCACAUCCCUGAUGGACGAUAGUAAAAACGUUUCUUCUAAAGUUGAUCCAAAUAAGGCGCGCCACUUUUUCGAAUAUUUUUCUUCUUUCACAAUGGUCGUCUGCCUUCAUGUUUUCUCUGUUCUAUUUAUCAAACAUGGUAGAAAGCUCGGCCCCGGAUCGAUUCAUCAGUAUAUAGCGUCUUUUGCCUGGGCAGAGUCAUAUUGAAUCAAAUGCAAUUUAUUGGACAAGGGUUGGUUAGCCGAAAGGACGUAGGAUUUUGAGAUGAGGCCAUGUUCCAUUAACCAGUGUCUGUGAUGUUUACGUUUUUACUGCAUUUCAGGAACCUGAAAAAAAACUUUAAUAUCUUGAUCUGCUAAAAGUAGAGUCCUCCAACACGUUGCACAGCAGGAUCAAAAUCCUUGUCAAUAUGUGGGAUCAUGGCGCCUCCUUGAUCCUUUGGAACUUCUACAUGCCUCUUUACCUAUGCAUUGCUUUCGUUGUUUCCCUGUGCGAAAUUCCUUUUCGAAAAGGCUAUGAGAGGCGCUUUCGAAGUCGGGAAUCACGAGCGAAUGGUACCACAUGUCUAAACUUAAAAUGAGAAAUAAAAUUUGUGGCCAUAGGCUGUGGCAAUGCACAUCUAUCGAGGAAGGUUUGGAGAGAAACGUCUUUAGAUGGCUUUCGCAGGUGAGCUUAGCAUUUUGCUGAUAAGUUACUGUAUCGAGGAUAAAUCUUUCCUUGUUUAUUUUACGUCGCUUUCUAGCUGCGUGAGAUUUGGGUUCAUCAUGUCUUGAUCGAAAAUGAUUUGGAUCUGUUGGUGGGCUUCGUCAGGAACCCAAGGAACAGGAAGAACUCCACCUCGGAAAGGGAGAUUGUCGCAGUGUCGAGACUGUCUAAGGAUACUCGUGUGAUGGCAGAAUUGAAGGGUAAUGUGUGGUCCUUUACCGACUAUAAUUUUUCCCUCGCACUGGAGAACUUCAACCAAGAAGGGCAUCUCUUUGAGCUCAAAGGUGGAGGUAUCCUGGUGAGCAUCUUCCCCACCUUUGAGCUCCUCCCGGUCAUUAUCUCUUCAUGUUUCUGUUGAUGCUGAAGGACACCAAUCUCCAAUAUGGUUUUCGGUUUUAUGCAACCUGUGUUAGACAUCGGAGGUUUUAGAUGGCAACCGUGUAGCCUGGUCUCAGGGGCAAUGAACGAGCCUUUAGUGCCUGGAAACGUCGACUUGGUUGAGGAUAAGUUUCAGUGCCAUUGCAGAAACGCGAUGGCAAACUGAAAACGAAAAAACUAUUUCUCCGUCUAGUCUUGUGAUGACAGAAGCGAGAACUCACUUGGGAGCACUCUACGAUGCUGGGUUUGAGUUGAAGUUUGGCUAUAGAGUUCCUCACCUUUUCCGCUUGUGGUGAUCUCCUGAGACCAUUUUAUUUUAUUUGUCAUUUACACGGACGGGAUUGUCUGAAAGAGUCAGACGGAACAUGACCCCGAGGAGCGUUGACGCUUUGAGGGAGGUCAUUGGGUUAAGGUUCUGAGGAUUGGGACGAUGGAAUUUCAGUGGCUGGAUUGCAGCUUAAUAGAAUUACGACCAGAAUCACUAUGCGGGUCUAGCCGCACAAUCUUGUAUUUGUGAUAAUCCUGCAGGCAGCAGGCAAAUGCGCUUGAGGACUUCUUCCAGGCCCAGUAAUGGGGACUUAUCAAAGAAUGUACGGCAUACGCAUAAUUCUUUCUUGGCUGACAAUGCUUUUUUUUUUUUGGAUAGAUGAGGCUCUACCUCGGUAGAAAGCUGGAGUUCGAUCCUAGAACCUGUAUGAAGCAUCGGACAAAUGAGGAUGACUUCAUAACAGUUGUUCAAUUUUCCUCAGAGCAUCCAUAUGGGCAGGCUGUGGCUCUGAUCAAUGUGAAAUCUGGCUUUGUUAAGGUAGACAGUUUUUAAAUCCUCCAUGGCACUCGCUUCUUCUUGAUUGCACCUUGAUAAAUCACCUACCUUCUUUCUUUCUCUGUUUUCUUUCGACGUGAAGGUCAGCGAAGACUGGUUCUUGUUGCCUGGGAUCUUGCUGGGAUUUAUACUUUCAAAAAUGAGGAAGAACGGCUACGAUUUCAUUGCUCCCAGUGAUGCGAGCACUGUCACAAAAGCUGCUGCGUCUAACGUGAAUUCCGAGGGAGGCGUCUCGGGAGAUCUGUCUCUGCACUCAUCGGGAGGAGCUAAGGCAGUUCAAGCAGAGAAGAGUGCGGGUUGUGGCUCUGAGUGUGGCGGUGGAUGUGGAAACCAGAAGCACCUCAAUGGCCACAAGCUUGAGGAUGGAGAAAGCACAGAUGGCAACAAGUGCGUCGGUGGAGGAUGCUGUGGCCGAUGUAGGGGCGGCUGCGGUGGCUGCGGCGGCGGACGUAGAGAAGCGGCGGAGGGCGGCGGCUGCGGUGGCUGUGGCGGCGGACGGGGAGAAGGGUUGAAGAGCAGUGGUUGCGGCGGCGGCUGUGGCGGCGGCUGCGGUGGCUGUGGCGGCGGACGGGAAGAAGGGGUGAAGAGCGGUGGUUGCGGCGGUGGCUGUGGCGGCGGCUGUGGCGGCGGAUGCGGCGGUGGCUGUAGUAACGUGGUGAAGGGCGGCAUGUGA